CAUACGCAGGCCAUCCUAGUACCAGGAUGCGGAUCGUUAGCUUCGAUGUGCUGUUCGCGCUUUUAAUCCUCCACGUCACCAUCAUACAUGGCCAAGACCAGUAUGGUCAGUUGAAAGUCGAAGAACAGAAUCCGGACCAAAAUGGAUUUGCAGGAAACUCAUACGAUCCAUCCAUUUCGAUCCAACCAAGACCUCAGUGGAGUCAAAAUCAAUUAAAGGCACAGACCAAUAUACAUGGUGCCGCGCACGGAAUUCUGCAAUAUCCAGGCGCGUCGCUUUCGCACUCAAUUCAAAUAGGCGGGCAGCAAGAUGCCCAAGGUGGAACGUUCAUCAUACCACCUGCACACUUCCUCACGCAGGCCGACAUUGAAACCGACGGGAAACUGAAGACGGUUGAGCUUAUCAAGAAGUAUGGAUAUCCAGUAGAGACCCAUUUCGUGACCACCAGAGAUGGCUACAAGCUCUGCAUGCACCGCAUGCCGCGACCGGGUGCUCAACCCAUUUUACUAGUCCAUGGCCUCAUGUCCAGCUCAGCUGCCUGGGUAAUGUUGGGCCCGUCAAACGGACUAGCCUACAUACUGUUUCAGCAGGGCUACGAUGUCUGGAUGUUGAACACGCGCGGCAAUAUUUACUCCAAGGAGCACACGAAAAAGGGGAUCACUAUGAAAGAAUAUUGGGACUUCUCCUUCCACGACAUCGGUACCAUAGAUGUUCCAUCGUCCAUCGACUUGAUCCUGGAGCGCACGCAUUUCCAUCAGAUUCAGUACAUUGGGCACUCCCAGGGCUCAACCGUAUUCUUUGUUAUGUGCAGCGAACUCCCCGAGUACUCAGGCAAAGUGAAGCUAAUGCAGGCUCUCUCCCCGACGGUGUACAUGAAGCAGACUCGCAGUCCGGUGCUUAAGUUCAUAAGCUUUUUCAAGGGACCUCUGUUGGUACUACUCAACCUACUGGGAGGCCACGAGAUAUCCUUGAACACAAAGCUCAUCCAGCAGUUUAGGAACCACAUCUGCUCAGCCAACGAGAUCACGAGUCGAAUUUGCGGAAUUUUCGACUUUGUCCUAUGUGGCUUCAAUUGGGAUAGCUUAAAUCGGACUCUGACUCCCAUCAUCGUCGGCCACGCUUCCCAGGGUGCCUCCACCAAGCAGAUCCACCACUACGCUCAACUGCACAGAAAUCUAUAUUUCCGGCGCUUCGACCACGGUCCGAUUAGAAACCGCAUUCGCUACCAAUCCUUGACCCCACCAUCCUACAAUCUGUCGCAGACGCAGUGCAAGGUGGUCCUGCACCAUGGGGCCAAAGAUUGGCUAGCCUCGGGCUCGGACGUCACCAAUCUGCAGGAUCGUCUGCCUAACUGCAUUGAGAGCCGGAAAGUGAAACUCGAGAGCUUCACGCACUUCGACUUCGUCAUAUCGAAGGAUGUGCGCUCUUUGGUCUACAAUCGCGUUGUAGAUCUGGUUGUCACGAACCAGAUUCAACCACAGAGGCCAGACGAAGGAAGCUCACACGAUCCAUCCACUCCAAGCCAACUAAUACCGCAGUGGAAUCAAGGUCAAUCAGAGGCAGAGAUCAAUGUACAUGGUGAUAGGGUGCAAGGCAUUCUUCAAAAUCCCAAUUUAAACUGGUCGCUACAGCACCCAAUUCAGAUAGUUGGGCAGCAAGAUGUACAACAGGAAACGCUCUUCGAACCACGCCCUGUGCAGGUAGACAUUAAACUUCAGAGGCCAGACGAAAAUGGAUUUACAGGAAACUCAUACGAUCCAUCCACUCCAAGCCAACUAAUACCGCAGUGGAAUCAAGGUCAAUCAGAGGCAGAGAUCAAUGUACAUGGAGAUAGGGCGCAAGGCAUUCUUCAAAAUCCCAAUUUAAACUGGUCGCUACAGCACCCAAUUCAGAUAGUUGGGCAGCAAGAUGUACAACAGGAAACGCUCUUCGAACCACGCCCUGUGCAGGUAGACAUUAAACUUCAGAGGCCAGACGAAAAUGGAUUUACAGCAAACUCAUACGAUCCAUCCACUCCAAGCCAACUAAGACCCCAGUGGAAUCAAGGCCAAUCAGAGGUAGAGAUCAAUGUACAUGGUGAUAGGGUGCAAGGCAUUCCGCAAAAUCCCAAUAUAAACUGGUCGCUACAGCACCCAAUUCAGAUAGGUGGGCAGCAAGAUGUACAACAGGAAAGGUUCAUCAUACCACCUGCACAAUUUCUCACGCAGGCCGACAUUGAAACCGAUGGGAAACUGAAGACGGUUGAGCUUAUCAAGAAGUAUGGAUAUCCAGUAGAGACCCAUUUCGUGACCACCAGAGAUGGCUACAAGCUCUGCAUGCACCGCAUGCCGCGACCGGGUGCUCAACCCAUUUUACUAGUCCAUGGCCUCAUGUCCAGCUCAGCUGCUUGGGUAAUGUUGGGCCCGUCAAACGGACUAGCCUACAUACUGUUUCAGCAGGGCUACGAUGUCUGGAUGUUGAACACGCGCGGCAAUAUUUAUUCCAAGGAGCACACGAAAAAGUGGAUCACUAUGAAAGAAUAUUGGGACUUCUCCUUCCACGACAUCGGUACCAUAGAUGUUCCAUCGUCCAUCGACUUGAUCCUGGAGCGCACGCAUUUCCAUCAGAUUCAGUACAUUGGGCACUCCCAGGGCUCAACCGUAUUCUUUGUUAUGUGCAGCGAACUCCCCGAGUACUCAGGCAAAGUGAAGCUAAUGCAGGCUCUCUCCCCGACGGUGUACAUGAAGCAGACUCGCAGUCCGGUGCUUAAGUUCAUAAGCUUUUUCAAAGGGCCUCUGUUGGUACUACUCGAUAUACUGGGAGGCCACGAGAUAUCCUUGAACACAAAGCUCAUCCAGCAGUUCAGGAACCACAUCUGCUCAGCCAACGAGAUCACGAGUCGAAUUUGCGGAAUUUUCGACUUUGUCCUAUGUGGCUUCAAUUGGGAUAGCUUAAAUCGGACUCUGACUCCCAUCAUCGUCGGUCACGCUUCCCAGGGUGCCUCCACCAAGCAGAUCCACCACUACGCUCAACUGCACAGAAAUCUAUAUUUCCGGCGCUUCGACCACGGUCCGAUUAGAAACCGUAUUCGCUACCAAUCCUUGACCCCACCAUCCUACAAUCUGUCGCAGACGCAGUGCAAGGUGGUCCUGCACCAUGGGGCCAAAGAUUGGCUAGCCUCGGGCUCGGACGUCACCAAUCUGCAGGAUCGUCUGCCUAACUGCAUUGAGAGCCGGAAAGUGGAAUUCGAGAGCUUCACGCACUUCGACUUCGUCAUAUCGAAGGAUGUGCGGUCUUUGGUCUACAAUCGCGUUGUAGAUCUGGUUGUCACGAACCAGAUUCAACCACAGAGGCCAGACGAAGGAAGCUCACACGAUCCAUCCACUCCAAGCCAACUAAGACCGCAGUGGAAUCAAGGUCAAUCAGAGGCAGAGAUCAAUGUACAUGGUGAUAGGGUCCAAGGCUUUCUUCAAAAUCCCAAUUUAAACUGGUCGAUACAGCACCCAAUUCAGAUAGUUGGGCAGCAAGAUGUACAACAGGAAACGCUCUUCGAACCACGCCCUGUGCAGGUAGACAUUAAACUUCAGAGGCCAGGCGAAAAUGGAUCUACAGGAAACUCAUACGAUCCAUCCACUCCAAGCCAACUAAGACCGCAGUGGAAUCAAGGCCAAUCAGAGGUAGAGAUCAAUGUACAUGGUGAUAGGGUGCAAGGCAUUCCGCAAAAUCCCAAUAUAAACUGGUCGCUACAGCACCCAAUUCAGAUAGGUGGGCAGCAAGAUGUACAACAGGAGAGGUUCAUCAUACCACCUGCACACUUCCUCACGCAGGCCGACAUUGAAACCGACGGGAAACUGAAGACGGUUGAGCUUAUCAAGAAGUAUGGAUAUCCCGUAGAGACCCAUUUCGUGACCACCAGAGAUGGCUACAAGCUCUGCAUGCACCGCAUGCCGCGACCGGGUGCUCAACCCAUUUUACUAGUCCAUGGCCUCAUGUCCAGCUCAGCUGCCUGGGUAAUGUUGGGCCCGUCAAACGGACUAGCCUACAUACUGUUUCAGCAGGGCUACGAUGUCUGGAUGUUGAACACGCGCGGCAAUAUUUACUCCAAGGAGCACACGAAAAAGGGGAUCACUAUGAAAGAAUAUUGGGACUUCUCCUUCCACGACAUCGGUACCAUAGAUGUUCCAUCGUCCAUCGACUUGAUCCUGGAGCGCACGCAUUUCCAUCAGAUUCAGUACAUUGGGCACUCCCAGGGCUCAACCGUAUUCUUUGUUAUGUGCAGCGAACUCCCCGAGUACUCAGGCAAAGUGAAGCUAAUGCAGGCUCUCUCCCCGACGGUGUACAUGAAGCAGACUCGCAGUCCGGUGCUUAAGUUCAUAAGCUUUUUCAAAGGGCCUCUGUUGGUACUACUCAACCUACUGGGAGGCCACGAGAUAUCCUUGAACACAAAGCUCAUCCAGCAGUUCAGGAACCACAUCUGCUCAGCCAACGAGAUCACGAGUCGAAUAUGCGGAAUUUUCGACUUUGUCCUAUGUGGCUUCAAUUGGGAUAGCUUAAAUCGGACUCUGACUCCCAUCAUCGUCGGUCACGCUUCCCAGGGUGCCUCCACCAAGCAGAUCCACCACUACGCUCAACUGCACAGAAAUCUAUAUUUCCGGCGCUUCGACCACGGUCCGAUUAGAAACCGCAUUCGCUACCAAUCCUUAUCCCCACCAUCCUACAAUCUGUCGCAGACGCAGUGCCGGGUGGUCCUGCACCAUGGGGCCAAAGAUUGGCUAGCCUCUGGCUCGGACGUCACCAAUCUGCAGGAUCGUCUGCCUAACUGCAUUGAGAGCCGGAAAGUGGAAUUCGAGAGCUUCACGCACUUCGACUUCGUCAUAUCGAAGGAUGUGCGCUCUUUGGUCUACAAUCGCGUUGUAGAUCUGGUUGUCACGAACCAGAUUCAACCACAGAGGCCAGACGAAGGAAGCUCACACGAUCCAUCCACUCCAAGCCAACUAAGACCGCAGUGGAAUCAAGGUCAAUCAGAGGCAGAGAUCAAUGUUCAUGGUGAUAGGGCGCAAGGCAUUCUUCAAAAUCCCAAUUUAAACUGGUCGCUACAGCACCCAAUUCAGAUAGUUGGGCAGCAAGAUGUACAACAGGAAACGCUCUUCGAACCACGCCCUGUGCAGGUAGACAUUAAACUUCAGAGGCCAGACGAAAAUGGAUUUACAGGAAACUCAUACGAUCCAUCCACUCCAAGCCAACUAAGACCGCAGUGGAAUCAAGGUCAAUCAGAGGCAGAGAUCAAUGUACAUGGUGAUAGGGCGCAAGGCAUUCUUCAAAAUCCCAAUUUAAACUGGUCGCUACAGCACCCAAUUCAGAUAGUUGGGCAGCAAGAUGUACAACAGGAAACGCUCUUCGAACCACGCCCUGUGCAGGUAGACAUUAAACUUCAGAGGCCAGACGAAAAUGGAUUUACAGGAAACUCAUACGAUCCAUCCACUCCAAGCCAACUAAGACCGCAGUGGAAUCAAGGCCAAUCAGAGGUAGAGAUCAAUGUACAUGGUGAUAGGGUGCAAGGCAUUCCGCAAAAUCCCAAUAUAAACUGGUCGCUACAGCACCCAAUUCAGAUAGGUGGGCAGCAAGAUGUACAACAGGAAAGGUUCAUCAUACCACCUGCACACUUCCUCACGCAGGCCGACAUUGAAACCGACGGGAAACUGAAGACGGUUGAGCUUAUCAAGAAGUAUGGAUAUCCAGUAGAGACCCAUUUCGUGACCACCAGAGAUGGCUACAAGCUCUGCAUGCACCGCAUGCCGCGACCGGGUGCUCAGCCCAUUUUACUAGUCCAUGGCCUCAUGUCCAGCUCAGCUGCCUGGGUAAUGUUGGGCCCGUCAAACGGACUAGCCUACAUACUGUUUCAGCAGGGCUACGAUGUCUGGAUGUUGAACACGCGCGGCAAUAUUUACUCCAAGGAGCACACGAAAAAGGGGAUCACUAUGAAAGAAUAUUGGGACUUCUCCUUCCACGACAUCGGUACCAUAGAUGUUCCAUCGUCCAUCGACUUGAUCCUGGAGCGCACGCAUUUCCAUCAGAUUCAGUACAUUGGGCACUCCCAGGGCUCAACCGUAUUCUUUGUUAUGUGCAGCGAACUCCCCGAGUACUCAGGCAAAGUGAAGCUAAUGCAGGCUCUCUCCCCGACGGUGUACAUGAAGCAGACUCGCAGUCCGGUGCUUAAGUUCAUAAGCUUUUUCAAGGGACCUCUGUUGGUACUACUCAACCUACUGGGAGGCCACGAGAUAUCCUUGAACACAAAGCUCAUCCAGCAGUUCAGGAACCACAUCUGCUCAGCCAACGAGAUCACGAGUCGAAUUUGCGGAAUUUUCGACUUUGUCCUAUGUGGCUUCAAUUGGGAUAGCUUAAAUCGGACUCUGACUCCCAUCAUCGUCGGCCACGCUUCCCAGGGUGCCUCCACGAAGCAGAUCCACCACUACGCUCAACUGCACAGAAAUCUAUAUUUCCGGCGCUUCGACCACGGUCCGAUUAGAAACCGCAUUCGCUACCAAUCCUUGAGCCCACCAUCCUACAAUCUGUCGCAGACGCAGUGCAGGGUGGUCCUGCACCAUGGGGCCAAAGAUUGGCUAGCCUCUGGCUCGGACGUCACCAAUCUGCAGGAUCGCCUGCCUAACUGCAUUGAGAGCCGGAAAGUGAAACUCGAGAGCUUCACGCACUUCGACUUCGUCAUAUCGAAGGAUGUGCGGUCUUUGGUCUACAAUCGCGUUAUAGAUCUGGUUGUCAAAACUUAGAAAGAUUUGAUCAGAGAUACAUAUGAUUUUAAUUGGAUACAAUACUUAACGGAUUAUUUUAGCAGGAAAGUUAAUAAAUCAGUCCUGACGAUAUCGGUCAGGACACGUGUUAUUAUAUCCUGUACAUAGAUUCUAUAUUCAUGUAUGUAUGUAUGCUGGCUAUUUCCAAUUGCGAUCCCUAGACAACAGCAAAAACGAGAGAUGACGACAGUUUUUUGAUAAUGACUUAAUACACUCCAACUUCAUCUUACA